AAUUUAAAACAAAACCAAACCAGCCGGGCACCGCAGCAAGCUGGAUUUGCACCGCAAGUUUGCUCCAAGUCCUUUCCUCUUCUCCAAUCCGGGAUGGCUUCCAAUUUUAAUGACAUAGUGAAGCAAGGGUAUGUAAAGAUUAGGAGCAGACGUUUAGGAAUUUAUCAGAGAUGUUGGCUGGUUUUCAAGAAAGCAUCAAGCAAAGGGCCCAAAAGAAUUGAGAAAUUUUCAGAUGAGCGUGCUGCCUACUUCCGAUGCUAUCACAAGGUUACAGAACUUAACCAUGUGAAGAAUAUAUCACGGUUGCCAAAAGGCACAAGGAAGCAUGCUGUAGGGAUCUAUUUUCAUGAUGACACAUCCAAGACAUUUGCUUGUGAAUCAGAACUGGAAGCGGAUGAAUGGUGCAAAGUCUUGCAGGUGGAGUGCCUGGGGACUCAGAUGAAUGAUAUUAGCCUCGGAGAACCUGACCUACUGGCUUCCGGUGUAGAGAGGGAACAAAGUGAGAGAUUCAAUGUGUAUUUGAUGCCAUCUCCUAAUUUAGAUGUGCAUGGGGAAUGUACCUUGCAGAUAACUUUUGAAAAUAUCUGUCUUUGGGACAUUCAGAAUCCCAGAGUAAAGCUUGUCUCUUGGCCUUUAAGUGCCCUCCGGCGAUAUGGGAGAGAUUCAACCUGGUUUACAUUUGAAGCGGGAAGGAGCAUGAAAAACUCAAUGCUACAGAUGAAGAUGAGCGACCGGGCUGUUUCCCUUGGCACCAUGGUCCCCUUGCCCCGUAGUGCCUACUGGCAGCACAUCACACGGCAACACAGCACUGGGCAGCUCUUUGGCCUACAAGAUAGUCCACUGAAGAUUCAUCGAACAGAAACUUUCCCCACCUAUCGGUCAGACCAUUGAUAUAAAAGAGGCAAGGACUUUUACAGCGUGUGUGUCUUGAGAUGGACCGGUUCAAAGAGGCUUUGGUUGACACUGGACAACAAUAAGAAAGAGAGAAGAAAGACUGGAUUAAGACUGCAAUAUUAUUUUUAAAUCUUCAGCCAAAUUAUAUACAGCCUGAAGAUAACUGGAAAGUUGCUAUAUUUCAUAGUUACAUCUGAAAGAAAGAAGCCUUCCCACUGUAGGGAUUUUUUUGGAAUAUAGUAAUAUCUAUUGCUGAUUUGUCCUAUGUUAUAAGUUGCUCAAGAUUUACUUCAUCCAUUUUGAUGUUAUCUUAGAUGAUGUAGUUUUUGGUCUUUGUAUAUUUUUCUUUCAUUUCCAUGUUCUAAUACCAUCACUGAACGUAGCACUUUUCAGAAUGGUGACCAGUUUUUAGGAACUGGAAUCUGUUGUCCCUGUCUAUUAAAAUCUGGUUAAGACUCAUCUAAGUUAUGAAAAGACAAUUCUCUUGUCUAUGUUUUUAUCCUAUUUCUGUGUUGAAUUAUGUCUUUUAGAAGUUUAAAAAUAAAAUGUGGUUUGCCACAUCA